CCUCUUCCCAGGCCAGAGGCGCCAGGCGGGCGUGCAGGCGCGCGCGCGCGCACGUACGCACGCACGCGGGGGAUUCGUCCCGUGCCUUUCCAGACUCCGUCGAGGCUGAAGCCCGCUCGUGCAGCAGCGGAGACUCGACAAGGCACCUGCUGCUGCUGCCGUGGACCAAUCCCUGACUCGGAGCGAGCGAAGCGUUCUAGCCAACGGAAGCCAACGCUUAACGGUUUUGAGCUCUGGCGGAGCCAACUGCUGCUGGCUCUGGUCACUUUACUCCCGUUCUCUCACUUGUUGCGCCCAACAAGUACUCUUCCCUUCCUGGUGACCAUCAGCUGUUAAGAGCCUGAUCAGGACAGCCUGCCCAGCCCAUCAACGCAGAUGCUCAACUUCGCUGAUUCCUUUCUUUUUGUUACCUAUCAUCAAUAGUAGCCUUUAUAACAGGAACAUUUGCAGAAUGGCAUCAGAGACAGAUGAAUCAUCAGCCAGGUCUAGCCCAAACAGGUUGCAUCAGUCAACAUUAGUAGAUGCAUCUCCAGACUCUAAAUGUCCAAUAUGCUUGGACCAGUUUGAAAAUGUGGCCUCCUUAGAUAGUUGUUUCCAUAGAUUCUGCUUUCGAUGUGUGCAGGAGUGGUCCAACACCAAAGCAGAAUGUCCACUCUGCAAAAAGCCUUUUCAGACAAUCCUGCACAAUAUUAGUUCUGAAGAUCAAUAUGAGAUAUAUAUAGUUGAUGAUGCUUUUGCUAGUCCUCAUGGAGAGCGAACUACACCAACGAGGGAAUCUGACACUUCAAUUGAUCCUCUAUCUUCCUCAUCUAGAACUUCUAGUACAGUGUUUCCUUCAAAUGAAGGGAUAUUAUUUGAAAGGCUGCUGAGUCUACCAGCUAGCCACAGAUAUUCAGAAAUGCUUCCGAUGAUCAGAAGCCUUGCAUCGAGAGAGCAGGAUAACUUGGAAGGCAUAUCUCCCAGACAGACUCCACAAUGGGAGAGAAUUAACUUCCGAAGAGCUCUGUAUCACUCCGGAGUCCGUGUUAGAAAUAUUUCAGAUGGAGGACACUAUAGAGAUAUCUCAGCUAGAUAUUUCCGCAGUGAUCCUGCCAGCCUUUGCAGGCUAGACCCAUGGGUAAGACGUGAACUUACUGUUUUGUUUGGUGCUCGUGAAUCUCUGGUCAGUAUUGUACAACGUGUUAUCAUGAGUAAAAUAACUAGAACUGAUAUGGAGAGCCAGGCAUUUGCUGAAUAUUUAAAACCUUUCCUGCUCCAUUGUACAGAACACUUCCUGCAUGAGUUCAUCAGCUUUGCCAGUUGCCCUUUUGAUAUAGAGUUAUAUGAUCAGCACGCAAACUAUGAUUGUCCUGCUCCUUCAUAUGAAGAAGGAAGACCACCUGAGAUUAUUACAAUCUCUUCAGACGAGGCAGAUUCCCAACAACCAGAUCGUAAUGCUUUCACAGUUGGUAUUGGUCAGGCACCUUGGGAUGAUGAAACACCAGGCCCUUCUUACUGCAGCUCAGAGCAGGUUUGUGCUACUAUAUCUGCUGCUUUGGACACUUCGGAAAGCUCUGAUGAAGAGCCCUCUGAAAACACAAUUGAGCCUCCAAGACAGUUUCCAGCAAGUGUGGAGACCAAUGGCGUCAGUGGCGAUUCAUCUCACAACUGUGUUAGUGUUGGCAACGUGAAACCAGUAACAGAGAGAACUCCUGGACCUUUUGAGUUAUCUUCAGACUCUGAGGCAUCAGCUGAGGGGGGCAAAAGUGAAGAAGUGAAGCAAGUACAGCCCAUCCAGUGUCAUCAUUUUAGCAAUACCAAGGCUAGCAGAUACACAUCAGCAUUCUUUGUAGGGUCCAGGGAUGAUAGAUACAAUUAUAAGUCACUCUCAAAUAAACUGAAACCCAAACGGAGAGAACAGGACCAUACUCAAAAGAGGGAGUCUACUAACCAGACUUUGUCACAAAGUUCACCUACAAAAAGUGAUGAUGAUGAUGGCUACAGAAUAUCUAGAAAAAGGAAAUCUGAAGUGCAAGAUUCUCACAGUAGGGAGUGGCAUGGCCUGAAAAGAAAAAGAACACAUCAUAGCUGGGAAAAGCAAAAAAAGAAGAGGGAUCGCAGUGGAUGCAAACAUAGGAAGGACAAAAAGAAGUCAAGAAACAGAGAUAACAGUCUGUCUCAAAAAAGUCAAAUACACUUUCCAAGUGGCGAGAGUGUUAUGUCUAGAGAUCCAAGCACAUCAAGAUCCUGCAGCAGUGAGUCCAGGAAAAGAAGUUCACAGAGUAAAGGCAACAAUUAUUGCCAUAGAAAUAGAACCCCAGAUGGCUAUGAAUCAAGAGGUCAAUCAAGUAGCAGGUCUAGAAUUCCGGCUAGUGGGUCUGAGAGAACAAGAUCUGAAAAGCCUAGUGGGAAAAGGAAGUCUAAGACUCAUCACUUGGAGAGCACACACAGAGGAAAUGAAGACAUUUCUUCUUCAAAGGAAGAAAGGGCUCUUCAGAAACCUUUGCUGAAGUACUGUGAGUCUUCCAAAAAGACAGCUGGCUUUGCAGGUGGACAACCAGAAACUGAGAUUAGAUACAAAAAGGGGCAGAAAAGGUCAAGAAGCCCAACUGUGGAGGGUAUUUCUAAAGGAAAAGCCACCGAUGCAAGACACCAUAAAAAGAAGAGGAAAAGGGUGGGAAUCACACAAGAAAUCCACACAGGCAACUCUCAAUUUUCUUCUCCAGUUGUAAUUAUAAUAGACAAUGACAGUGACAAAGACCCUGAAAUCCAAGACAAUAUUGAUUGUGAUAGUAGCAUUUCCUGGAGUGCCGUCAUGCAGCAGAAUGACAGAGAAACAGGGAUUCCUUCACCCGUCUUGGAAGCCAGAGACUAAUGAAUCAGAAAAAUUGGCAUGGACAGCAAUAUGAUCACCACACUGGAGGAUCUGUGCAUCCCCCCUCCAGGCCUGUAGCCAGCCUAAAAUAAAAAUAAAAAAAUAAAAAUGGGUGGGGGGAUUGCAGAAGUCAGGGGAGGCAGGUUAUAAAAUGUUCAGCUAAAAGGAGCACUGAAAACUGUCAGUGAAGCUGGAGAGCAAAGAUAAUUUUUUGGUGUGGCAUGUAGGCACCAUGCCAUCCAUCAGCUGGCUAUGGGCCUGCCCCCCUCCACUACACCCCUAGUGGCAAGAGGGGAAGGACUGUAGCAGAGCAGAAGAGCAUCUGCUCUACAUGCAGGAAAACCUAUUUACCAUCCCUGGCAUCUUUAUACAUUCUUUUAGAAAAUAGCCUUUUGAAACUCUGGAGAGCUGCUGCUAGUUAGUGUAGACAGUAUUGAAUUAGAUAUGUGACAGGUGGAGUAGAGUGCCCUGUGUCCACCAGCAAAGGUGGCUGUAUUUCCCAUUGCCUCCACUAGUGCUUGGUGAGAGCUUACCUAUAUUUGGGUCAGUGUCCAAGAGGGACACCUUUUCACUGACACAUCUGGGCCUCCCUGGUGCACUGAAGUAUGUAGCCUUGGGGCUCUGAAGAUCCUGAGCUACUGACUUGUGGCAUUGGCUGCUAAAAAAACCACAAAAAACCUUUGUCUAGUAAUUGUAUGACUAAUUGAUUAACUCCUUAUGGUUCUGAAUACAAAUAAGCAAUAAUACAACAUAAGCAAAUAAUACCAAAAAUAAGGGAAAAGCUGAUAUUAGUAGCUAGGCGAUACCUGCAGUCGUUGCAGCAGGCCUGAUGUUAGCAGAAGCAUUCCUUCUGGUGUGGUGUGGCAAAAGAGGAAAUAGCACGUGCCAACCUUUUUUUUCCUAAGCACUUUUAUUAAAAAUAAUAUAUUUUAAAUAUUAUGCUCAAAGGGGGAUUUUUGUGGAUUAAAAGAUCUGUAAUCAAUCUUAUUAAUUAAUCUACUAAACAUUGCAACCCAACAAGUUUGCAAGAAAGGAAGCACCAUGAUCCACACAAAAAGCCGAGCAAGGACUUGAAUGCUGGCAUCACUCGUCCAAAUCAGACUAUGCCACAGUUGGCCCUUAGUGUGAUCUAUUGUGUCAGUCACCUACUCUAAGCCUCUGGAAUAGAGAG